CCCCACGUCCCGGCCAUGCUCCCCCCGCUCCUGCUGCCCCUCCUGCUGCUGCUGGGGGGGGCCCGGGCCGGCCCCACCGCCUGCCCCCCCGCCGGCCCCCUCUGCCCCCCGGGCACCUACCCCCACCCCCCCCCCCGCCACCGCCCCGGCCGCUGUCCCCCCCCGGGGGGCGAGACCCCCUUCGUCUGCAAAGAGGUGCUGUGCCCGGCGCCCCUCUCCUUCCCGCAGGGCUCGCUCUGGCCCCGCCGCCCCGCGCAUCGCCCCGGCUCCGCCAUCGCCUUCUCCUGCGAGGGGGGGACGGUGCUGCGGGGGCCCCAGCGCCGCCUCUGCCGCCCCGGGGGGGUCUGGAGCGGCCACAGCCCCGUCUGCGACGACGGCGAGGGUGACUGUCCCCCCGCCCCCGCCCCCGCCGGGGGGGUGACGACGGGGGGGGGCCGGCGGCGGGGGGCGGUGGUGCGCGUGCGCUGCGGGGCGGGGCUGACGCUGGUGGGCCCCGCCCACCGCCGUUGCCUGGAGACGGGACGCUGGUCCGGCCCCGAGCCCUCCUGCCGCCACCCUUACGCCUACGACCCCCCCGAGGACGUCAGCGCGGGUUUCGGGGCGUCCCUCACCUCCGUCCUGCAGCUGGCGGGCGCCGGGCCCCACAACGAGUCGUCCCUGGGCCGGCGCAUCGUGCUGAGCCCCGAGGGCUCCCUCCACGUCUACCUGCUCCUGGACGCCUCCGGCAGCGUCCGCUCCGAGAACUUCCUCCUCUUCCAGGAGUGCGCGGCCACCAUCGUGGACAGGCUGAGCAGCUUCGAGGUGGCCGUCAGCUUCGCCGUCGUCUCCUUCGCCAGCCGCCCCCGCGUCAUCGUCUCCACGGCCGAGGACGAGGCGGCCGACGCCGACGAGGUUCUGCGCCGCCUGCGCAACGUCACCUUCCACGACCACGGCGACGCCACGGGCACCAACGUGCGGGAGGCGCUGAUGGAGGUCUACCACAUGCUCCUCUUCCAGAAGGCCCGGGCCCAACGCUUGGGCGACCCCCGGGCUUGGCGCGACGUCCGCCAUGUCGUCAUCCUGCUGACGGACGGCAGGUUCAACGUUGGGGGUCACCCCCGGGCGGCGGUGGCCAAGAUUGAGGACGUGCUGGAGAUCGAAGCGGACCGGGAGGAAUAUCUGGACAUCUACGCCUUCGGGGUGGGGACGCUGGAGGUGGACAUGGCGGAGCUGGUGGCGGUGGCCUCGCAGCGGCGGGACGAGCCCCACGCCUUCAAGCUGGCGGACGGGGGGGCCCUGCGGCAAGCGUUGGAGGGGGCCCUGGUAGCCACCGGCCUGGGGGACCUCUGCGGGGUCAUCGUCCCCGCCGGAGCCUCCCGGCCCCCCUGGCACAUCGUCCUCAGG